CAUCUUAUCUUCCUCGGCUCAAUUCAAUCGCAGCCACACCAAAUUGAGAGCCUUUUUGAGAUAAUCAGCAAAGUGUGAAGUGAUCAGACUGUGAAACGAAGAAUGAGCUCAUGGGUUUGCUCUUACGUGACUCGAAACGUCGUAAUCGCCGAUUAUUCACAUCCCAAACACCUUGAUUUCCCGGCGACGGUUCAGAGAAGCUCCGUCAGCUUUCCGGUAACAUAUUCCCCGAAAUUUCCGUCUUUGAAACUCCAAAAGUCUCAAUCGUCUUCGUCUUCGAGUCAUGAAGUUGAAGAAGACCCGGAAGCAGUCGUACAAGCCCUCACUAUUCCGGACGAGUGGUUGCUCCCUUCUAGGGCCAUUGAGGAAUCUGAGUGGUUGAGAGUCACUUUGCACAAAUGGUUGGAUGAUGAGUAUUGCCCUGAGCCAACCAAUGUGGAGAUCAGUGAAGUAGCUGCAAAGUCUUACUACAAUUCAUUGCUAGAGAAAGAAACUGACGUGGGCGACAUUUUGAUGAAGAUGGCUCAAGAUUUAACCUCUAUUUCAUAUAAAGAAAGCUUCCAUGGAGCUUUCACAUCCGCGAAUGCAGCUAUUAAUUUGAUUGUUGACAGAGUAGAAACCGGCAUACUCUAAUCUAGUAUAGUUUAGUUUAGUUCCUUUAAAGGGUUCAAGAACAGUGUCUUUUGUAUAUUAUGGAUUUGAGUUUUGCUAUUUCACUUGA